AUGCAGAAAAAAAAUAUCAGAGAAUUUGACAGCUUUUUUGAUAAGAGAGUUAAGGUGGUGAGUAAUAUUAUACAUUCAAAUGUGUUAAAUCAUAAGUUGAUAGAGGAAGCAAAACUAAAGGAAUUAUUAUUGGAAAAUAAGACUUCGGAAUACAUUGAAGAAUUGAUUAAAAAGAAAAAGUAUUCUACAGCUUAUCGAUUUAUGAAUGCCCUUUAGUAUGACACAGUUUCCUAUUAAGAACUUGUGUAUUCGAUGGCUACUAAUGAUAUGAAGUUACAAAGCAAGAUUAUUAGGGAGCAACAUUUAGAUACAAAGGACAAUCAGAAGGUGUUGAAUCAUCUGCAUGGUGAAUCUAUGAGAUUUUUUAUUUUUAGAGCAGAAAUACCAAUUUAAAAGGUAGAAGAAUUAUUUUUGGGAGAUGAAAGUAAAUUAUAAUUUUUGGUUGAAAACUAUUUUACCUCAAAUAAAUAAAUAGCCAUUCAAAUUGCUAAAAGAAAUAAUAUUAAAGUUCAAAAUCCUCAAAUUUAGUAAGAAAUCGAUAAUUGCACAAAUGUAACAGAGAAUGCACUAUUAAAAAAUGAUGAUUUCUUGCCAUCAGAAGUAAUCUUGAAAACAAAAAAUGCCAAUGAUUAUGUUCUUCUAAAGAAUUUCAAUAUAUCCAGGGAAGAUGUUUAUUUGAUUGAAGAUGAGGCUUAAUUGACUGAUGAAAUCAUAGAAGAGAUUUUAAAUGCUCCUCAGACCGGGAUUGACACUGAAAGCUUCUAAGAAAUUCCUUAGACUAAGUUUACAUCGAGAAUGAAUAAGGUUUGUUUACUCUAGAUAGCUUUGCCAUAAAAGAUUUUCAUAUUAAACAGUGCCAAUCUUACAAGUAGUUGCAAGUAUCAAUAAUUUCUUGUGAAGUAUGCAACUAGCAAUGCCUUAAAAAUUGGAUAAAACCUAAGAUAGGAUUUCUUAUCAUUGUUAGGGUAGAUUAGGGCAUCUGGAGUUUAAUUAAACUAAAUUAUUGAAUUAUCAGAACUAUUUUAAUAGAAAUUUCCAUAAGAAAAGAAAACAAAUUUAUCAUUUUAAUGUUCUAAGCUUUUAGGGAAGGAAUUGGAUAAAGUUGAGCAAAUCUCAAACUGGUAAAGGAGACCAUUGAGAAAUGCAUAGAUUCAUUAUGCAGCACUAGAUGCAUAUAUAUGUUUACACCUUUAUAAUCUAUAUAAAUAAUGA